CUGGAGCCGUCAUCGCAUCACACUCGUUCUUCUCGGAAACAUCUACAACUAGCCAAACCAACGGAUCUCUGUGUAAAUAGCAGUUGGUUGCUCAUCUCGCAGCAGCAGCCUCCCUCCCUUUCACGCAGCCUCACUUUGUUGGAGUCAUUGGCAGCCAUGGCUGGUUUCUUGGACCCACGGGGAGCCUCUCAAGGGAAGACGAGGCUUGAAGAUCAUCAAGAUGGGGACUCUACUAGCCAUCUUCCCACGGCGGAAUGGAACAGCAAACCAUCAUCACCCCUCCUCAACCCGAGUGCCUCUCGAUCACUCUCCGCCAGCCCCGUGUCCGAGUAUGGUCUACGCUCGCCAAGCCAGUCGAGAGGGCUUUCCCCAGCCCCUAAUUCUAAUGGCCUAGAACGGAGAGCAACAUUGUUAGAGGCGUUGGGCAACUUCUGGGGUAGAAACCGAGGUGUGGUUUUGGUGGCUGUUGCGCAGCUCUUUGGGGCUUUGAUGAAUCUGUCAGCGAGGCUUUUGGAGCUGGAAUCAGAAAUGCACCCGUUGCAAAUCCUCUUUGCUCGUAUGAGCAUGACAACCGUCAUAUCUUGUUUGUACAUGUGGUGGAGGCAGGUACCUGAUUUCCCCUUCGGCGCGAAAGGAAUCAGAACCGUGUUGGUUAUACGAGGCGUCUCCGGAUUCUUUGGUAUCUACGGAAUGUGGUUCUCCAUGAUGUACCUCCCGCUGGCCGAAGCAACCGUCAUCACCUUCCUCGCACCGAUGCUGGCGGGGUACAUAUGCCACAUCCUCAUGAAAGACCCCUUCACCCGCAAAGAGCAACUAGCCUCGCUCAUCGCCCUAGCCGGCGUAGUCCUCAUUGCGAGGCCGACCUCCCUCUUCGACGGCACCGCCACCGCCCCCAUCAACCCCGAAACCGAUCCCACAACCCAAACCAAUCCAACAACAACAACCACCCCACACCCCGGCGCGGGCGAGGACGCAACACCCGCCCAACGCCUCGUCGCCAUCCUCGUCGCCCUCCUCGGCGUCCUCGGCGCCGCAGGCGCCUACACCACGAUCCGGUACAUCGGCACGCGCGCCCACGCGCUCAUCACGGUCACCUACUUCUCCGUGUGGAGCACGCUGGUCAGCACCGCCGCCCUCGUGCUCUGCCCCCUUUUGGGCAUCGGCCAGGCCGCGCCCCCCAUCGUCAGCUUCGCCGGCCUGCUGCCGCCCACGGCGUACGAGUGGUUCCUGCUGCUGUCGCUGGGCGCGUGCGGGUUCGUGAUGCAGUUCAUGCUGACGGCGGGGAUCGGCGGGGAGAAGUCGAACCGCGCGACGGCGAUGGUGUAUACGCAUAUGCUGUUUGCGGCCGGGUUUGAUAAGUGGGUUUUUGGGCAUGAGAUGGGCGUGGUGAGUUUGCUGGGGUGUGGGUUGAUUGUGGGGAGUGCGCUGUGGGCGGCGCUGGGGAAGAAGGGGGGUGGUGGGGAGGUGAGGAAGGAGGGGGAUGUGGAAGGGGUGCCGAUGUUGGAUGGGGAUGAGGAGGAUGGAGAGGAGGAGAGGUUGGGAGAGAGGGGGGCUGGAACUGGGAGGUGAUGGGAGUGUGUGAACCUGGCUCUUCUUGGU